AAAUCUGAACCAGCUCUUUGUCCUGACAGUAAACACUGCUCAUAAUGGAAGAGUUAAUGGUUUAUGCUACACAAAUGAUGGCCUUCAUCUGUUGACCAUUGGUACAGAUGAUCGGAUGCGACUCUGGAACAGUUCCACUGGAGAAAACACGUUAGUGAAUUAUGGGAAAGUCUGUAAUGAAAGUAGAAAAGGACUCAAAUUCAGCAUCUCUUGUGGCUGUAAUCCAGAAUUUGCCUUUGUACCUUAUGGCAGUACCAUUGCUGUUUAUACAAUUUUCACUGGGGAACUGAUAACUCUGCUUAGAGGGCACUACAGUACUGUCAACUGCUGUGUAUUUCAACCUAAUUUUCAGGGGCCACAGACACUGGCACUGGUUGACACUGGCAUACAGGAGUUUUUGGGAAGUGGAGUAGUUGCAGUGGGGGAUGGAGUUGCCGCAGUGGGAGGUGAUAUGGAUGUGUUGGGAGAUGAUGUGGAUGCAAUGGGAGGUGAUGUAACCGUGGUUGCAGCCGUGUGGGCUCAGGCCACCAUACUGCCCACUGU